GAAUGCAGGGUCCGGGGAGAGCGGAUAUAGUGAAUGCAGGGUCUGGGGAGACCGGAUAUAAUGAAUGCAGGGUCCUGGGCGACCAGAUAUAGUGGAAUGCAGGGUCCGGGAGAGCAGAUAUAGUGAAUGCAGGAUCCAGGAGACUGGAUAUAGUGAAUGCAGGGUCCGGGAAGAGCAGAUAUAGUGAAUGCAGGAUCCAGGGAGACCGGAUAUAGUGAAUGCAGGGGUCUUGGGAGACCAGAUAUAGUGAAUGCAGCAUCCGGGGAGACCAGAUAUAGUGAAUGCAGGGUUUGGGGAGAGCAGCAUAUAGUGAAUGCAGGGUCUUGGGAGACCAGAUAUAGUGAAUGCAGCAUCCGGGGAGACCAGAUAUAGUGAAUGCAGCAUCCGGGGAGACCAGAUAUAGUGAAUGCAGGGUCUUGGGGAGACCAGAAAUAGUGAAUGCAGCAUCCGGGGAGACCAGGUAUAGUGAAUGCAGCAUCCGGGAGACCAGAUAUAGUGAAUGCA